AUGCAUCUGGAGAUUGUGUCAUUAAUGAUGGUGAUGGUGCUUUACAGAUCGUUAAAUUCUCGUGCUUUAAAAAAUCAAAACAACGACGACCUGCCAGUGUUUUGGCGUACUAAUAAGAAAGAGUGGGUUACAAGCCCUAUUUUUGUGACUAGUUACGGAAUUGUUUUGUUUCUGAAGUUGAAACUUAUUAAAAAAAAAAAGAAUUUAGACUUCAAAGCAGUUCUAGUUUUGGGUAAUGCACCAGGUCAUCCUCGCGAACUUGAAACUAUGCAUCCAAUUAUAAAAGUGACAUUUUUACCUCCUAACACGACGGCUUUGCUUCAACCUAUCGACCAAGGAAUAAACAAGGCCUUUAAGCUCUCUUACAGUAGACCAGUCUUCAAAAUCAUAUUGGUUAAUAUGGAAUGUGAUCCUGAUAUUGAUGUUAUAGAAUGUUGCAAGAUAUUUAACAUAGCAAAAUGCAUUGUAAACAUAAAAGAAUCAUUAGAAGAACUAAAGCCACACAAAUUGAAAUCAUGCUGGAAAAAACUGUGGCCUGUUCUGAUUGCGGAAAAUGAAGAAGAAUUUGUGCAUAUUCAAACUUUGACUGCAAACAAAUUGCUAAUAGAACAGGAACAGGAGUUGCUUGAAUCGCAAGAUGAAGAUUUGACUGAAACCGACUUGUUGUUAAAUUCACAGAUCAUUGAAGAAGAGGCUUCAACAAGCACUGGAAACGUGACAUUUAAUUUGAAGUGA